UGAAAAGGCUGCAGGCAAGCAGCUACGCCCCCUUUAUUUAAUCAAGCCAUUGAUAUAGCUAGCUAAAGAUGCUGGUACCAAUUUUCACGCUCAAACUGAACCAGAAGAUCUUCCCCAGACUGGUGACGGUCGGACAUUACGAUGGCAGGCAUCCAUCACUAACUGCAGCUACAAAUGGUGGAAAGAUUUUCAUACACACACCUCACCGGCGUAUGUCCAGCCCCUCCCCCUCAACCAUAUCCACUGCUCGUCUCUCAGUCUCAUCCUCAGACUCUGACAUCACUCUGCUGAGCAUCGGACAACAUGUGACAUCAUUGGCAGCGAGGAAACUGGAUCCGGAACUGAACCAGGACGUGUUGGUGGUGGGUACCCAAACCAACGUACUGGCAUAUGAUGUGGAGCAAAACUCUGAGCUGUUCUAUAAGGAGCUGCCUGACGGAGCUAAUACCAUACUGAUAGGGCAGCUGGCGGACAUGAGUAAGCCCCUGGCCUUUGUUGGGGGUAAUUGUGCAAUCACUGGACUGGACCAUGAGGGACAAGACUCGUUCUGGACAGUAACCGGGGACAAUGUGUGCUCGCUGGCCCUGGCGGACUUUAACUCUGAUGGGAGGAGUGAGCUGCUGGUCGGCUCUGAGGACUAUGACAUCAGAGUGUUCCAGGGCGAUGAACUGUACGCAGGGAGACAAAUUCAGUUACGCCCUCGCCAAUGGAAUAGUGGGCGUGUACAGCGGACAAGAGAGAUUCUGGAGGAUCAAAUCGAAGCACCAGCCGAUAUGUAUGGCAGGGUUUGACAUGAAUGAGGAUGGAGUGCCUGAUGUGAUAACAGGAUGGUCCAGUGGGAUUGUGGACAUUUCAUAUAGCAGUCAGACCGGUAACGUCAUUUACAAGGACACCUUCUCCUCCAUUGUGCAGGUAGUCUCGUCCAAGGACUCUGAGGGGGAGGUGGGUGUGUUCAAGACAGAGUUUGGAGUCAUCAUUCCUGACAGAGAUACACAGGGAAACGUCUCAGUGAGUGUGUGUGUGUGUGUGUAUGAGGGGUGAGGUUGUUGGUAUUACAAUAGUUUAGUUAAGUUUUCAUGUAUAUCAGGUUUCCGUUUCUUGGUGACAAUUUUGUCUAGUGUCCGUGUAGGUUUCUCGAUUAUUCCCAUUCCAAAUCUGCACACUGUCUUGUGUCAGCCAUUAUAAGAUACUAACCUCUUUUGCAUUGUGUAAUAAUUAUAUGAGUUAUAGGUACUUCCCCCGGGGCAAUACUCCUCUGCUGGAGACACAGUAGUGGUCAAAAAAAGUACCCGUGUUUACGUAGUACGUCCGUAGUACGUUCGAAGCGUUUCCGUUUUGACACCGUAUCAAAAGCAUUGAAUUUACCGUACCAGUUGCUAAUUACCGUUGUAUGUUGCAAGUACGUUUUGCAGAAAAGUUUUAGAAAACAAACAAAGAGACAAUUAAUCCUAGUCAUCUCGAGUAUAGUAGCUAGACUGGUUACUUAGCUAUGCUAUGGCUAUGUCUAGCUGUAAGUCUAGCUCUAGAUCUACAACAAAGACAUAAAACGCACCAUUCACAGGUUCUUCUUCAACUUUCUCAUCAAAAAGGAUGUCUGCAGUCUCUAUAGAGUCCUAUCUCUGUUCUAUGAAAACUCAAGUAAUUAGCCUCUGAUUACUCUCAGCAAAAACAUACAACGUGGGCGGUGAGUGGGCGGAUAAUUAUUGUUAAUUGCCUGAGCUGCACCGCGCCUGUCAUACCUCCUCUGAUAUACCGUAUAGCGAGUAAUUUUCGUGGGGCAAAAUAUUUGUGAUUUUCGUGGUUGGAGGUCUGACCACGAAUAUUUUACCCGCGAAUGAAAAUUACCUGCUAUACGGUACUCCUUUACGUGUUUAUGGCUAUGACAUAAGAUUGACUUAGUUAAUGGGAUGUGUACAAGUAUUUGGGCGUUAGGUACGUACCUGACUCAGUAGUGGAUCCAGUCAGCUUAAAGGUUACGGUAAACAGUUUGCUCAUAUGCAUGAAUAUUUAUGCUCAUGAUUAAUUUAUGAUUUUCUUACAAUGAUUUUUGUGGCAUGAUAACUAUAUUGGUGUAUCAAUCUGUAUGACAAGUAUCAAUCUUCAAAACAUUUUUCAGUGGAAGCUCUGAGCCAUCAUUAAGUUACAAGAAACAACACAAACUAGUAUAGUUAUUUUAUACUUCCAAAAAUGCUUCUAGCUCCGUGUUCUUGCUUUUAUAGGAUACUUCUUACAAUUCUGGAGGGCUACACAAAGCUUUUUCGUUUCAGGCCAGGAAACUAAUACUUAAAAUGGCUGACAUGCAGAGCCAAGGAAAACAGCCUCUUGUGUGAGCUUAGUGGGUGGAAGUAGUUUAUCAUGCCUCGGUGCGCAUGCGCAAGCGAGGUAUACGGUAGUGUGUUUGUGUGUGUGUGUGUCUGUGUAGACUGCUACAGCUGCUCAAGGAUGAAUCAAGUGCAAGUAAGAGUUUCUAGUCAUGUUUACUUGGAUUUUAAUUCGUGGAUUUGCAAAAUGAUGCUUCGUUCUCGAGUUUAUGUGCCUAGUUUUGCUUACUUGGAAUGCCAUUGCAGCCUUUUCAGAAGAGCACGUAGCCAAACUUGUUUACCGAGUGUUACUACUCUACUUAGUAGUUAGCUCUGCACUAGAACGCUACCUAUGGUAGCUGCAAGAGUGAGGAAGAGAGCUGCAAGGCUCUGCUGAUGGCAGCCAUUAAUUUUAGACUUGAACUUUUGGCAUCGAUUGUUUUUAACAACAACCAUGGUCGAUCAUUACCCACUCUUUGAGUUUGCAUGUGUAAUUAUUAACCCGAGGCGCGUGGGCGGCCACGGGUUAUAGUAGUCUGUCUGUUUGUUACCCGAGGCGCGCGUGGGCGGCCACGGGUAUAGUAGUCCGUUGGUCUGUUUGUUUGUUUGUAAUGUGUGAGUCUACUCACCUGCAUGCCAUGGCACUGCGUUUACAGCAUGGAUAGCCUUCAUACAACAAGUUAUUAAUUUUAAUAGUGGCAGAAUUUCAUGUUAAACCUUCGUUGUCAAAUAAAAACGAGCAAAAGCUAAGAAGCUUGUGACUGGGUCUGCUUACCUGGAUGCUCUAGCACUGCGUUUACAGCAUGGGUAGCCUCCACACAACAAGUCAGUACUUCUAAUAGUGGCAGCUUUCGGUGUUAAAGCUUCGUUGUCUAAUAAAAGCGAGCAAAAUGUAGCUUGAACAGAACUUGCACAUGCGUUACUUAUAACUGAAGUGAUCCUGUACCAGGUCCAGAAACAAUGGAACAGGGUCACUAAAGUAGAAAGCUGUAUAUACCAGGAACAAUAUUGGAACAGGGUCAUUAAACCAGAAAGCUUGCUUUAGCUGACUGGGAUCCAUGCAGGACCUGGAGCCAUACUUCUCUGAGACUCCAUGCUUCUUUGCUGUGAUCCUAAUCCACAGUGCAUAUAUUUAUAGUACUACUACCUGUUCUCAAAUGUUUCAGCAUGCCUCCAGUCUGGUUUAGUUUUAUUGCUCCUGAGUUGCUGUGCAAGUCAUGCAUGAUGAUGAUAACAACAUCACUAUAUGCACUGCAUUAUAUCAGUCUUCUGGUUUCUUUAUAAUCAUGUCACCAGCCGAGGGUUUGCACUUUAGUGCUCUAGUUUGUCUGUUUGUUUGUUUGUUUGUAACGAGUAUAUCUACUCACCUGGAUGCCAUAGCACUGCGUUUGCAGCAUAGGUAGUCUUCACACAACAAUAUCUUGGUUUAAAUAGUGGCAGAUUUUGAUGUUAAAGCUUCUUUGUCGAGUAAAAGCGAGCAAAAGCUAAGAAGCUUAAACUUGCCACGUGGCCUUGAGUCAAGGUACGGGAUCACUUCAGCUAAAAAUAUCUAGUCAAGGCUUGAUUAUGUAUUUUCAGCUGAAGUGAUCCCGUACCAGGAACAAUUGAAUACGGUCAAGAAAAAGUAGGAUUGUGUGACUAAGGUUGUUGACUGACUCUGGAUCCUAUACGUACUCCAGCCUGGAAGGAGCCAUACUUCUCUUAGUCUAAGACUCCAGGCUUCUUUGCUGUGAUCCCAGUCCAUGUGCACGUUGUUACUUUAGUUUUGAGUUUUGUUUUAUUGCUCCUGAGUUGCUGUGCAAGUCAUACAUGUACAUGAUAACAACAUCACUAUAUGCACUGCAUUAUAUUUCUGGUUGCUUUUUAAUCAUGUCACCAGCCGAGGGUUUGCACUUUAGUGCUCUAGUUGCAAAAAUAAGCUAUUAGUAGCUUUAUGUUAUGUAGCUUUGGUAUCUCCACCGAGGCAUCAGCACCUGCGGUGCUUUCAUUAAGAGUGUAGUGAUUGAAUUAGCUGCGUAUAAUAUGCACAUGUAACUGAAGAUAAAAAACAAAGAUGUGGUCUCCUGGUUUCUAACGGUGAAAUACAUAGCUCAUGGUUUUAAAUGCAUGGAAGCUGUUCUGUGCCAUUGUCCUCUGCGUAGUUAAGGCCCGGGUCUGGCUGUAAAUACCAAAAUUUAACACUAUGUUCAUACUGCUGUAUUAUUUGCAAUAUACAGUGUAUGCUGCAUCAAAAUGAUCCAAAAUGAAGCACAAUGUUUUCUUUUUCCAAAAAACUAAUUAGCUUAAUUCAAUUAUGCUAAUUAGCCCCAAAAUGGUGAUGACGUCAUGCCACUUUUAAUAAGAAGAACUACAAAUGCGGCCAUGAAGAUGCUAAGAUCAAGCUUCAAAAACAAGGCUAGAUGAACUUAUCAUUGCUAGGUACUAAUAUCCGGCGGGGGAAGAGUAGGAGUUACUGUAUUCUUGAGAUACACAGCAUAGCCCUACCUCUAGAGUGGCUGUCAGAGCUAAAGAAGCCAGUAUAGCUAAGGCAGUUUUGCACAUAUUGACUUCCCCCGCUGGAAAUAUAAUCAUGACAACCUACUCUAUCUUUUGAGGGCCUAAACAACUAGUUUUACCUUGUGCAAGUCCACCGCAUUUGUUGCUAAAGAUUCUGUACAAUAGUUCCAGCAGCUAGCUAAGCAAGUACCUUGACUUCUUCUUGACACGUGACAUCAAUUGCAAUGAAUAACAUUAAUAAUGGUUAUGAAUCUCAUUAACAGUACAUCAUCUACAUUAAAUGUUGGUAAUGAAUAGAAUUAAUCUUAUCAGUGCCUGACCCAGGCCUUAACUACACAGAGUCACUAGUGGUUGUUUCCGUAAAGGUUAAGGGUGCUGGAACACCUACGCCCACGUACGCCCACACACACGUUGCUAGGGAAAGCUAACUAUGAAACUACCUGCAGGGGAGACAUGGAUCCUUCACAGGAUUAUGAAGCAACACUCUACUAGUGUGCAUUCCAAAAAUGGAGAGGAAAGGAUGAUGACAACAGAUUUUACACUUGAUUUUCAUCAUAUAGCUAAAAGAAGUUCCGCUUAGGAAACCAGUAGAGCUAUGGACUUGAUUGUUUGUUUGCAGGUGCACUACACACAGCUCUUCAACAUUACGAAGAGCUUUUGUUGUAAAAUCCCUUUGUUAUCUAUUUAUGAGAAUUUUUUGUCAUGA